AAUGGCAGGCAAGUCCGCAAACGCUCAAUUUCUAAAUCUCAGAGUAGGGAGCCAUCUACAAUAAUCCGUAUAACCAAUCGGAGACGACGGCAAUACUCUAAUUAUAAUAAUGAUGAUUCAAUAAAUAAACGUUAUGAACGAUCGCGCUCACGCGAGCGUCGACUGCGCCGAUUUUCGCGGAGGCGAUCUCGUUCAUCAGAAUCGCGUCAUAGUCCAAGACGUAUCCAUAAGGCACGUAGUCGCAGUAGUCAUCGUAAUGAUUCUACUGAUGAAGGAGCAAGGGCGGAGCGACAUCGCACUCGUGAUGACAGCAGAGAUGAUGACGAUAGCCCUAUUAGGAGGCUGAUAACACGAAGGAGGCCGCGUGCUACCUCGCGAAGGUCGCGUCGUGAUCUAUCAGACGAUGAUUUACCUAAUAGUAGUCAUGGUUUAUUGAAUAAGUUCCUCGAUAUAUUAAGCAAUGUGAAAGGUCAGACGAGCAAUAAGCUUUCUCUUUCAAAUGUAGUGCCCGAAUUUGACCCUCUAUCCAAAGAUCAAACAAUAGUUGCCUGGUUAACUAAGGUUGAGGAAUGUGCAGAUAUUUACGACUGGGAUGAGCGCGAAAUUAUACACUUCGCUCUUCAAAAAUUAACCGGCGUUGCUAAGCAAUGGUACCAAAGCCAAAGUACAGUUUUGUACAAUUGGACACAGUGGAAGAGAAAGCUUAUUGAAUCAUUUCCCUGUAGACAAGAUUAUGCAGAACUCUUAAGCGAAAUGUUGGCCAAGCAUGUGCGUUACAAUGAGUCGCUAGAGCAAUAUUAUUAUAAUAAAAUGAAUCUUUUAAAUCGGUGUGGAAUUGUAGGACGUAAAGCUGUAGAUUGUUUAUUACAUGGUGUCGAUGAUCGUGCAAUUAGAGUUGGAGCACAAGCGGCUCGUUUUCACGAACCGGAAGAAGUACUAAAGUACUUUAAAACCGUUAAAUCCGGGAAUUCGAAAAAAGUAGGCGAAAAAUCGAUACGCGAAAGAAGAUUUAUUCAAUCUAACGAUAAGUCGCGUUUAGAUCACAAUAAGAAAUCUAAUGCAAAUAUUAAGUGUCAUAAUUGUAACGAAGACGGACAUAAAAGCUUUAAAUGCGGUAAACCUCUCACUAAAUGUGAUUUUUGUAAUAAAACGGGUCAUUUAAGUCAGUAUUGUAGGUCUAAAUUAGUUAUCAAUAAUCAAAAUAACGAUCAUCGCGAGGAUCCCGCAGAUAAUAGUUUAAAACCUGAAAAACAAGUAGCAUUAGUAGAUCAAGGAGAUAGCAAUCGUAAAUAUAUAAUUGAAAUAUAUAUAAAUGCUGAAUCUAUCGAAUGCUUGGUAGACUUGGGUAGUCAAUGUACUUUAAUCCGGUAUUCAGAAGCUAAACGGUUGAAAUUGAAAUUGGUUCAAAAGAACUUGCCAUUCUUACGGGGUAUAGGUGGACAUCCAGUAGAACCUCUUGGUAAAUGUAAUGUUAAUGUGACAGUACAAGGUAUAGACGAUAAUAUUGAAGUCCUUGUUGUAGAUGAUAACGUGAUUAAAUAUCCUGUUUUAUUAGGUCACACAUUUACGGAGAAACCCAAUAUUAUCAUAACCAAGACCCCAGACAAAAUUAUUUUCGAAAGGAUUUGUGAUAGUAAAUUAUUUCUCAUGGUCCAAGUAGAUGUAACAGUUCCCCCAAAUCGACUGAACUCCAUCCCAGUAGAAGCCCACUCCAAAUACUCAGGGUCAAUAUACAUAUAUGGAACUGUGCGAAAUAUUGCAAAUAAUGAACAUUAUUUACUUCCAGGGGAAUAUAAGUUAGACGACGGUGUGGGUCGUGUAUUAGUACAAAAUAUUAGUAAUAACCCUGUUGUGUUUAAAGGGGGGUCCCUUUUGACUCGUUCAAUGCCAAUAACUAAAACACCUGAAAUCUAUACCAUAUCGUUUGAUGAAAAUUCUCCUGACGACGCUGUACAGUGUGGUAGUGAUAUUACUGUCGAACAGAAACUUAAACUUCAAAAAUUACUUUCAAAAUUUAAAGAUUGUUUUUCGUCAGGGUUAAAAGACAUUGGUUUUACGACCGCAGGUGAAAUGAUCAUUGAGCUUAAUGAUACUGAACCGGUUGUGUAUAGACCAUAUCGUUUGUCUCAUAGUGAAAGAUCCAUGGUACGAGACAUGGUUCAAGAAAUGAUCGAUGCAGGGAUAGUACAAGAAUCAUCCUCACCUUACGCGAGUCCGAUCGUGCUGGUCCGAAAAAAGACGGGCGACAAACGUUUAUGUGUAGAUUAUAGGGCUUUAAAUAAACGCACAAAGAAAGACCACUAUCCUCUCCCUCUUAUUGACGACCAGCUUGAUCGGCUCGCAGGUAAUAAACUAUUCAUAUCGUUAGACUUAGCCUCUGGUUACUACCAAAUUCCAAUCGAAAAAGGUUCACAAGACAAAACUGCUUUCGUAACGCCUGAUGGCCUUUACCAAUUUACACGAAUGCCUUUUGGCCUCGUGAACGCUCCAGCUAUGUUUCAACGAACCAUUAAUAAAAUACUAUCGGACGCGAAGGUUAAAUAUGCCCUUAUAUACAUGGAUGAUAUCCUCAUCCCUGCACACUCUUUCGAUGAAGGUCUAUGUAGGUUGGAAGAGGUACUCUCUCUCUUGAGGCAAGGGGGCCUUACACUUAAACUCGCAAAAUGUAAUUUUUUUAUGAACAACAUAGAUUUUUUAGGCUUUGAAAUUAAUUGUGAAGGCAUAAAACCUGGCGAAAGAAAGACUGAAGCCGUUUCAAAGUUCCCCAUUCCGAAGGGUCAGCGCGAGUUACAACAGUUCAUUGGUCUAGCAAACUUCUUUAGGAGAUUCGUUCAAGGCUUUGCCACUAUCGCAAGACCUCUCACGAACCUUCUCAAGAAAAACUCUGAAUGGCGGUGGGGUCCAGAACAAAGUAACGCCUUCGAAAACAUAAAAAGGAUGAUGUCGGACUAUUUAGGCCAGUGUCUUACUAUAGUAGAAAGACUACCCCUGACGAACAAAAAUUACACUCCUUUGAGCUCGAAACUCUCGCAGUAA